AUGAACAGGACACAACUGCCAACCCUCUUCCGGGGUCUCAACCUUCGGGCUCAACGGUCCAUCACCUCGAGCCCCGUCGUCAACCUCGUCAACAAGAAGUUUGAGGACGCCGGCCUUCCUCUGCCUCCCAAAGCGCCCAUGUCCUCGUACGCCUUCUUCUUCACCGAGAUUUACCCGGACAUCAGGGGAAGCUACCUCAAUCCCGAGGGCAAGGUGGAUUCGAGAGCGGUCGCCAAGGCUGCCGGAGCCAAGUGGAACGCUUUGAGCGAGGAUGAGAAGAAGCCCUACGUGCAAAAGGGUAAAUCCGCACAAGAAGCGUACAAAUCCAGCUACCUGAAAUACUACAACUCCCUCUCCGCACCCGACCUCGCCCGUCUCAACUCCAUCCUCCCUCGCCCUCUCCUGAACCCCAACUUGCCCCGAACGGCCGCUGACGGUAGCAAGCUUCGUCACAACAUCCGGAACCCGAAGAAGGAAGGGGAACCCCAGAGGCCGAUCGGCGGGUUUUUCGCUUUCAUGCGCGAGUUGAGGGAGGACGAGGGCUUGAAGAAGGAGGCCGAGGAGAAGGGGGUCUCCAAGGGGGAUAUGCAGGUUUGGUUGAGCAAGAAAGGCGGGGAGACUUGGGCUACGAUGAACGACGAACAGAAGAAGAAAUACAUGGAUCAAGCCGCCGCCGUUCGAUCCGACUAUGUAGCAUGGAAGGCCAAGCAGAACUAAACUACCGAUCGCCGCGCCAACCAGACUUACCGGGAACCCUCGCCUCUGACGGAACUCCCUUCUGGUCGGCGUACUAGGUCCUCUGAUCUUUUUUUGAUUUUUGUGAUGUACAUGAAACACUGUUCUUCUUGAUUUCGAUUUUUUGGGAGAUGAUUAUGGAUCCGAGUACGGACACUAGGAAUUGAAAUACGAAAGCGCGAGUGUUGCUGAGGUUGAGCUCAGUGGUUGGUUUCAGGUACUGGGCACUCUGUACAGGUUCAGCAUGGCGAAUUAGAGUCGAAGUGAUCCAAGGGCUGUAUAAAUGGAUU